AUGGCGUCCAAAAUCGAACCUCAAAGUCCAAAGCUAGAGAUCCGUCAUGGUGAGGCGGGAGAAGAUGUUGCCACGAAGACUGACGCCAACGCGUCUGACCUUCGGCUCAUCCGAAAUUCUAACCUCGGUCAGAACUGGCACCCAGCCCUGAAGCUGGCAGUCUGCCUCCAGGUCUCGAUCCUGGCGCUCCUCGGGCCCAUGGCAUCCGCAACGCCGAACCCAGCCUUCGUUACCCUCGGCCGCGCGUUCGGCAUCACGCCCGUCCAGGCCUCGUAUCAGCUCGUCGUGUACCUCGUGUUCUCGGGCGUUGGGCCGCUGUUCGUUAUGCCCUUUGCGAGCGCCACCGGUCGCCGGCCCAUUGUCGUGUCGUGCUCCCUACUUGCCGCGGUCACCAACAUCAUUGCGAGCUACUGCUCCACCUGGGCCGGCAUCGUGGUCACGAGGGCGUUCAACGGCUUUGCCGUCGGCGCUACCGUCGCGCUGGGACCGGCUGUCAUCUGCGACAUGUAUUUCCUUCAUGAACGUGGCUUCUACAUGGGCAUCUUUGCGUUAUUUCUCAACAAUGGACCGCAUUUUGCGCCCCUGAUCGGGGGCUAUGUCACUAGGAGUCUAGGAUGGAGAUACUGUCUUGCCAUCCCAGUAAAUACCACUUUCUCGGCUGAUAGAGUGCCUUGCUAA